GCGCAAUGUACGACGAUACAAAGAUAAGUGACAUUGUGUGUUUAUUACUUUUCACCUGGAAUUUAACAAAAAACUAAAUAUUGUCUAUAGUUACCUAAUUAUUUAUUUUUACGCAAGAUCGAGUCCAACCUUAAUCAGCAGAAAAUAAAGGUGCUACAUUCGAUUAUAUUAUAUUUUCAUAUCAAGAAUUUUUAUUGGUGCAAAGUUGGCGUACACAUGGUAAUCAUAUAGGUUUAAAAGUCAAUAAAUAAACUGUUUUUAUUCCAAAAUGGAUUCUACAAGUAGUUACAGAGGCCCUUAUAGUAUGGUGAAUUUAAUGGUAACAGAAAAGGAUUAUUUAAAAUACGCACAAUCAAUUAAUAAAGCAAUAGUUGGCCUCGAAUGUCCUGUUAAACCGAAGCAUCUAAGGUUUACGGUAGUAGGGACUUUUCGGGAACAGGGGGCUAAAACUUUUUGGUCGGUAGCUCUCAGAGCACCCUAUCUGGACGACAGGAUUGUUGCAUGGAAGCUUUGUUACGUGGUUCAUAAGAUACUUAGAGAGGGACAUCCUUUAUGUUUGGUUCACAGUCAAGCACACAAAAAAGAAUUGGACGAAAUGGGAAAACUUUGGAGACAUUUGAGGGGCACCUACAGUCAGGCUAUUAGACUCUACGCUAAUUUACUUAUCACAAAAAUAGACUUUCAUAGUAAAAACCCCAGGUUCCCUGGAAAUUUGGUUGUCAACGACGACGAAUUAAAUUCAAUACUGUCUAACGACAUAAAUAAUUAUUUUGAGGUGGCCGUGGAGAUUUUUGAUUAUCUGGAUCGUAUCAUAGAGUUACAAUCAGCAAUAUUUGGCCCAAUAAACAUCACUCAAAACAACUCAGAUUUUUUAAGUGCUGCAGACCAGUGUUUAUUGUCACCAAUCGUUCUUUGUUUGCAAGAUGCCUCGAAACUGUACGACUACAGCGUCAAAAUAAUGUUUAAGUUACAUUUAACGGUACCAGGUGAAGUCAUAAGUGGUCAUAGGGAUCGUUUUUUAAAGGCUUUUCAGGAGUUAAAGGAAUUUUACAAAAGGACCAAUAGAAUACCUUACUUAAGGAAUCUUGUAACGGUGCAACAUCUGCCUAACGAUCCUCCAGAUUUUUUUAAAGAGAGCGAAUUUUAUUCCUAUGUUACCCAAGAUGUCACUUUGCCAGAAGAAGGUACUCUGAGUGACACGUCCCAUUUUAGUAAAUCCACCGAAUCUUUAGACUUCAGUUACAGUCACCACGGUUCGAACGAGGGAACAUUAAUAGACAUAUCAUCGUUGGAUGAUGAAUUUCGGGGAAACCCCUUUCGCACUGACCAUACACUUUCCCCUUCUGCACCAAUAUACGAACAGUUGAAUUUUAAAAACGAAACAGAGAAGGAUACACAUACGCAUGUAGAAAACGAUGUCGAACUAAUGAGAGGUAAACUUGAUUCCGUCGUUCUAGAAAAUCAAAGAAAAACUUUGAGUUUAGAAAGUCGAAUUUUGGAACUUGAAGCCGAACUAGAAGAAAAAAAUCGUCAGCUUACCAUUGAAAGGCAAAUGAGGGAGUCCCUGCAGAAAGCUGCCGUUCCGGAAGUUGUUUCUAAUCAAACGGGUCGUUUUGGAUUCGGAGAAGCAAACAAAAUUACUGAUCUCUACGCCAAACUUCGAUUUGACUACAUAGAAGUUCUGCGAAAGAACGGGGAACUACAAAAACAGGUAUUCGAUUUAAAAACUAAACUAGCUGAAAAGGAAACGGAGUCCUUUGUUUAAGUCGUUUGUAUGUAUAAUUUAAAUAAAUAGGUUACAGAUAUAAAUAAAAUUUGUUAAUAAACUAAUACGACAGUUACUACA